AUGACGGUUGAAUUCGUUUUCGUAGGGGCUACAUUAUUAGCCGUAGCAAUCAUUAUAGGAUGGUUUGUCUCAUGGUCUAUUCACAUUGUUUCUAUAUGUUUCGGACUUCAUCAUCUCUACAAGAAACUAGAGCCCAUGAUUCCCGCAGAAGAACUUCCAGGAGUAUCAAUAAUCAAACCUCUUAUUGGGGUGGAUACGAACUUAAAGAGCAACCUGGAAACAUUUUUUACACAAAAAUAUCCCAAUUAUGAGAUACUGUUCAGUGUUCCAGACGACAAUGAUCCUGCUAUUCUUGUAGUUAAAAGCUUGAUAGAAAGCUAUCCCAAGGUAGAUGCCAAGCUCUUUAUUGGUCUAAGAAAUGUUGGUCCAAAUGGAAAAAUCAAUAACAUGAUACGUGCAUAUGAGGCGGCUAAGUAUGAUAACAUCGUUAUCUCAGACACGGGUAUCAAAAUGACCAUCACAACACUGAGUGAAAUGGUCCAUUGUUUGAAACCUGAUGUGGGUCUAGUAAUACAGAUGCCUUAUUGUGCUACAAGAAAAGGUUUUGGUGCAAUUUACCAACAGGUGUACUUUGGGACAAUGCAAGCCAGAAAUUGUCUGAGUGCCAAUGCUGUCGGCGUCAACUGUUCCACCGGCAUGUCUAGUUUGCUGCGCCGCGAUGUCCUGGAGACUGUUGGUGGCCUACAAGCGUUUUCUAAAUAUCUGGCAGAGGACCAUUUUAUAGCAAAAGCAAUCAGAUCCCAGGGUUACAAGGUGGUUCUUGCAACCACCCCAGCCUUGCAGAAUUCUGGAAAUUGUUCAAUAACAGAAUUCCAUAAGAGACUGGUCAGGUGGGCCCAGCUGCGGAUAUCGAUGCUACCUCUACUGAUAUUUUUUGAGCCUUUGGGAGAAUGUUUCCUGUUGGGUGGCAUCACAUCCUGGGCAGCAAAUUUCCUCUUUGAUAUUUCUCCUCUUGCCUUUUUCUUGAGUCAUCUGUUGCUGUGGUUUCUGUGUGACUACAUUCUCUUUAGGAUAGUUGAGAAUGGACCUCUCCCAUUUUCAAAGUUUGAGUUCCUGGUUGCAUGGUUGCUUCGUGAGAUGUUGUCGCCCUAUAUCAUCCUUCUCGGCCAUCUGCAAGACCAUGUGGUGUGGAGAAACAGAAAGUACAAGCUAAAGUGGGGUGGGGAAAUUGAGUUAAAAGUCUUACCAAAUUUAGAAUUGGUGAAUGUGUCCAUGUAG